AUGGGUGUUGAAGACUCACACACCGACGAGCGACACGGCUCUGUCGCUCUCCAAACUGCCGAGAAUGUCGAGCAGAUCGAGGCUCCCAUCACCUGGAAGGCUUACCUCCUGUGCGCCUUCGCUUCUUUCGGUGGUAUCUUCUUCGGUUAUGAUUCCGGUUACAUCAACGGUGUCAACGGCUCCGACUACUUCAUCAGACAGGUCGAGGGUGCCAAUGCUACCAAGCUCUCCGAGAGCAACCAGUCUCUCAUUGUCUCUAUUCUCUCUUGCGGUACCUUCUUCGGUGCCCUGAUCGCUGGUGAUCUUGCCGACCGCAUGGGUCGCAAGUGGACUGUCAUUAUGGGCUGUGCUAUCUACUCUAUCGGUGUCGCUAUCCAGAUGAUCACUGGUCACGGUGAUCCUCUUGCCUGCAUCGUUGUUGGUCGUCUCAUUGCUGGUCUGGGUGUCGGUUUCGAGUCCGCUAUCGUCAUUCUCUACAUGUCCGAGAUUUGCCCCAAGAGUGUCCGUGGUGCUCUCGUUGCCGGUUACCAAUUCUGUAUCACCAUCGGUCUCCUCCUCGCCGCCUGCAUCGUCUACGGAACCGAGAACAUGAACUCCAUGAAGUCUUACCAGAUCCCCAUCGGUAUCCAGUUCCCCUGGGCUGUCAUCCUCGCUGUCGGUCUUUUCUUCCUCCCUGACUCUCCCCGAUACUUUGUCAAGCGCGGUCAAAUCGAAAAGGCUGUCGACGCUCUCGCCCGUGUCCGUGGUCAGCCCAAGGACUCCAAGUACGUCCAGUCUGAGAUUGCCGAGAUUGUCGCCAACGAGGAGUACGAGCGCCAAAUCAUUCCCUCCACCUCUUGGUUCGGCUCUUGGGCCAACUGCUUCAAGGGUUCUCUCUGGGAUGGCAAGUCUAACCUUCGCCGAACUAUCCUCGGUACUUCUAUGCAGAUGAUGCAGCAGUGGACUGGUGUCAACUUCAUCUUCUACUACUCUACUCCCUUCCUCAAGUCCACCGGUGCCAUUGACAACGUCUUCCUCAUCUCUCUCGUCUUCACACUCGUCAACGUCUGCUCUACUCCUCUGUCUUUCUGGACUGUUGAGCGAUUCGGUCGCCGAUCCAUCCUCCUCAUCGGUGCUCUUGGUAUGCUUAUCUGCCAGUUCCUCGUCGCUAUCAUUGGUGUUACCGUCGGUUUUAACCACACCCACGCUUCCCCCACUGAGGCCGACCCCGACCGCAUGAUCGCCAACAACAUCAGCGCUGUCAACGCCCAGAUUGCUUUCAUUGCCAUCUUCAUCUUCUGGUUCGCCUCCACCUGGGGCCCUGGUGCCUGGAUCGUCAUCGGCGAGAUCUUCCCCAUCCCCAUCCGAUCUCGUGGUGUCGGUCUCUCCACCGCCUCCAACUGGCUCUGGAACACCAUCAUUGCUGUCAUCACCCCCUACAUGGUUGGUGAGAACCGAGGCAACCUCAAGUCCUCCGUCUUCUUCAUCUGGGGUGGUCUCUGCACCUGCGCUUUCGUCUACACUUACUUCCUCGUUCCCGAGACCAAGGGUCUGUCUCUCGAGCAGGUUGAUAAGAUGAUGGAGGAGACCACUCCCCGAACCUCUGCCAAGUGGAGACCUCAUCAGACCUUUGCCCAGACCAUGGGUGCUGGUGAUGUUAAGAUCGUCCCCAAGACCGAGCAUGACGACCACGUCUAA